CGGUGGAGCCCUGUGGCUCAGGGCGGCGCGGCUCCCCUGCCCCCAGCGGCCGAGCCCCCCGCGUGUCCGCAGCCCGCCGGCGCCAUGGAGACGGCGCUGCUGUCGUUCUGCAACUGGAGCACGCUGGGCGUGUGCGCCGCGCUCAAGCUGCCGCAGAUCUCGGCCGUGCUGGCGGCGCGCAGCGCGCGGGGCAUCAGCCUCCCGAGUCUACUUCUGGAGCUGGCCGGGUUCCUGGUGUUCCUCAGGUACCAGCAUUACUAUGGUUACCCGCUGCUGACCUACCUGGAGUACCCCAUUCUCAUAGCACAAGAUAUCAUCCUCCUACUCUGUGUCUUCCAUUUCAAUGGCAAUGUGAAGCAGGCUGCUCCGUACAUGGCUGUAUUUUUGUCUUCUUGGUUCAUCCUCACGCUGCAGAAGUGGAUCAUAGAUCUGGCCAUGAAUUUAUGUACCUUCAUUAGUGCGGCCAGUAAGUUUGCUCAGCUCCAGUAUCUGUGGAAGACAAGGGACUCGGGAGCUGUGAGUGCCCUGACGUGGAGCCUCUCUUCUUACACCUGUGCAACAAGAAUAAUAACAACUUUAAUUACCACCAGUGAUCUUACAAUUCUUAUACGUUUUAUGAUCAUGCUGGCUUUCAAUAUAUGGGUAACAGCUACAGUACUUCGUUUCCGGAAGACCACUGUAAAGGCUGAAUGACGGAUACAUAUUCCUACACACAAAGUGGAUUUCAAAUAGCUGAACCAAAGGAAAAACAGCUCAUUGCUAAAUUAAAGUCUUUAAUUUAGUCAACCAUUUCAGAAACUUUAAAGCUGAAGGUGUUUUAGACUUGAGCGAGCCACUGAAACACUGGUUUAAAAAUGCCGAAUUCUCUCUCCCCUCCCCUCAAGUCAUUAGGUUGUGGUAGGGCUCAGAGAUCUGCAGUUUUGAGAAGGCUGAUGACUGACAGAAAUAGUCUAAGAAGCUCAUUUUGAGACCACUUUGACUGUCACCCUGAAGACAUGAUUAAGUUCUCUCCAAAGAGCUAACUACAUCAAUUUCUCAGCUCUCAAAAUCUUUUAAGAAUAAUUCCUCUCCAACACAAAUGAAUACAAAUGGAGGGGGAUUAUGCUCAGAUUCAGAAGUAGAACUGUAAAUUACUAAGGUUCAUUUUCUGGGACUAAAGUUUAAUUGUAACAGAUAUAACAGGAUGGUCUUAUCAUGUCAGAAUAUAGUAAGCUCCUUAGGCUACAGCAAGGAUAUCAAAGGAAGCAUAAAUGUAAUUUGACUUGAGUUUGCACACCAAGAUAGCCUUUAACUUCACACUGUGCCUUUAAGUAAUUACCUUAAAAAGGUACUAUUAACUGCAAUCUAUAUUUAUGUGGCAAUCCCAACAAACAUUCUGAUUCAACCACAGUGCUGCCAUUUUUAAAACAGCCACAUGUACACAAUUAUCGCUAUUGGAAUUUGGUACAAAAUACAGCUGACCUGGAUCAGGUUUUAUCUUUGAAAAUAUAUGCAGUAAAGGGUAUUGCUAGGUUCUGCUCAAUUCUUAUGAAUUUUAUGCUCAUUACAGUAUUUUAUUCUAAACAUGUUAAGAUUUUUGUACAUCAUAUUUUCCUCUAAAAUUCUAGAAACCCUAACAUUUAAAAAUGUAUUUCCCCCUUAUAACUGAAUGUCAUUAUUCUUUUAUAUGUAAUAAGUAAAUGUCUAGUGUCCUAUGUAAAAUAAACUUUAUCUUGAACUCUG